GCAGAGGGACCUUCAUGUUCUUUAUCUGAGCCUCAUCUUGUGUAAAAGAUUUCGUGUCCUUCUGAGACCUCAAAACACUCAACUCAUCAGUGUUCAACCAAAUGCAUGGCAACAGGGGACCCAGCUGUGCUCCAAGUACCAUCUCAGGAUGUGAAGCAAAGAAACAAGCCCUUGGUGACAGGCAUGGCAACUCCACAGAAGCCAACAACAGCGUUAGAUGCCAUGAAGAUUUUAGAUCCACGCGGGUUAAAACCUCAGAGCGUGGAGGUGGAGAGAAUCAUAAAUGUCUUGGAUGAGACAAUCGCCAAGGUGGAGAUGAGCAGCCUGAUCCCACGUGUCACUGACUCUCUGGAUAUGUUUGCUGAUAUGCUGGGACCUGACACCACAGCCAGCCUGAUGCAGCACCAAAAGCUUUCAAAUGAAAUGGAGCAGCUGCUUGCCAGCUCUGAAGGAGAGGCCGCUGUGACAGCCGAGGAACGACGGCGCCGUCUCUGCUCGCUACAGCAACGCCUCAGAUGCUCUGUGAGAAACGUCCUGAGGCUCUCACUGGCCAACCCUUCACUUUGCCAGCUUCUGAAACAUGAAGCUCAGGCAAGAGAGUCGCCAGACAAAGUGUUUAGCAAAGCAUUUGAGCAGUUCAGGAAGCUCAUGCUGGAGAGACUCCUGGCUGUGGGAGACAAAGAAAAGGUUCCAUUCGUGGCAGACAUCUCCCUCCAGGUGAAGGAGAACACAGAAGCAAUUGCAGCUUUACAGGCAGAGCUGGCAGCAGCACUCCAGACUCGAGAGGAGGAGGUUCCCAAGAAGGACAAUGUGAUUGAAGGCCUCAAAAGGAGCAUGCAAGAGGACAGCAAGGCUGCCAUCCAGCACAUCAAGCAGGAAGGUGAAAACCAGGAGAACAAGGAGCUGCAAGCCUCCCAUGCCAGGUGUGCCAGCCUCCAUCAGGAGACUGAGCAGCUGAGAGCACAACUCGAUGCACUUAGAGUGGAGCAUCAAGCAUCAAGGCUGGCUCUCAGGAAGAUGGACUACAGAGCUAAGAUGAGGAUUGUGAACUGGAUCCAGAACUAUGACACAGACAUGGAAGAAAAACAGGCUGAGUAUGAGGCAGUUGAUGCUGCUUUUGCUGAGGAGAGGGCCCAGCUGUCCCUGCUGACAGAGAAACAGGCUCUGCUUCUGCCAGAGUAUUCCCAGAUUGAGGAGGAGCUGGCCACCAUGACCCUCGCUGCCACCCGCAUCCAGGCCUUUUGGAGAGGCUACUUGGUCCGGUCUCUCUUCAAGUCAAAAGGGAAGAAGAAGACGGAGAAGAAGAAGGAGAAGAAGGAGAAGAAGAAGAAGGAGAAGAAGGAGAAGAAGAAGGGCAAGGUCAAGAAGGCCAAGAAAUAA